AUGCUUGCUGAAAAGCUAGCAGGAAAUUCUAUGGUCUGGAAAACUGUAACUACAUUUGUGGAAGUAGAAAUUGUACCACAUAUUUGUAGAACAGCAAGGCAAGUGUGGUCUCUAGGAAGUAUAGGUAUCCUGGAAUUCAUCAGUGUGGCAGUGGGACUGGUCAGUAUUAGAGGUGUGGACAGUGGUCUCUACCUUGGAAUGAAUGACAAAGGAGAACUCUACGGAUCAGAGAAACUGACUUCUGAAUGCAUCUUUAGGGAGCAAUUUGAAGAGAACUGGUAUAAUACCUAUUCAUCCAACAUAUAUAAACACGGAGACACUGGCCGCAGGUAUUUUGUGGCACUUAACAAAGACGGAACUCCAAGAGAUGGUGCCAGGUCCAAAAGACAUCAGAAGUUUACGCAUUUCCUGCCUAGACCAGUGGAUCCAGAAAGAGUUCCUGCAUUGUAUAAGGACAUACUAAUAUACACUUAGAGUGUGAUCGUGUCUUUACUGAAGAACCAAACUGCAACAUUUUUUCUUAUUAUAGUUCCCAGAGUAAAAUAAUAACCCAGGAAGACAUUCAGAAUGUUUCAGAGCCUAUUUUCCACUCAGAGAGUGAAUUUGGAAAGAAUAUUAGGAACAAACAAAAAAACUUGGCUGGACAUAGCUCAAGAUCUCUCUUUAUAAGUGGAUUAAGUUCCCUUACGUACACUGGCUCAGUCCUUAAUGGUAGA